UAUAUAAGGAGCUGCUCUCCUCACCUCGGCUCCAUCACCACCACCACCACUCACCGGGCCACCGGGGAGAGAGCGCAAGAGAGAGCGAGGCAAGAUGCAGAUCUUCGUGAAGACGCUGACCGGGAAGACGAUCACGCUCGAUGUUGAGAGCAGCGACACCAUCGACAACGUCAAGGCCAAGAUCCAGGACAAGGAAGGCAUCCCGCCGGACCAGCAGCGCCUCAUCUUCGCGGGAAAGCAGCUGGAGGAUGGCCGCACCCUCGCCGACUACAACAUCCAGAAGGAGUCCACGCUUCACCUGGUCCUGCGCCUCCGCGGCGGCGGCAAGAACACCAACUUCAACAUCGCGCCCCACCUCCUCGCCCUCGCGCGCAAGUACAAGGAGAACAAGCUGAUCUGCCGCAAAUGCUAUGCACGCCUUCCCCUCAGGGCUACCAACUGUCGCAAGAAGAAGUGCGGUCACACUGACCAGCUGAGGGAAAAGAAGAAGUUUGUCUCCAAGUUUGGUCCUGAAUGAUUGGAAAGCGAUCAAGCGACAUGUUCCAAGCUUCAUCCCAAAGCGCCAUACCAGAGUUAUCAAAUUUUAAGUCUUGUCCAAGUUUAAUGUUCCUGUUGGAUGUUGAACCUUAUUUACUCUUUUGAAUGCUCAGUUUAUGGAUGGCAGUGGCAUGCCUAAAAAUUGCUAGUGAAAGUCCUCGUUUGAUGCUUCACCUUUUUCUCUCUUUAUGAAUGAGUUUUCAUAGAAAUGUAGUCAGUAUGAUAGCUAAAUCUUAUGGCUGCCAUGAGUUCUAGCCUGCUUGUUAUGCUGUUCUAAGAGGCGUUUCAUUUAAAUACUACACUGUUCUCUGGAGCUACAUUGCUACAUUGUUGUCAAGAAUUCGCGAUCGUUGUGGUAUGCAGAUGCUUCAACAAAUGUGACAUCAGAGCACAGUGUGUAAUAUUCCGGUGUUUCUGGUUUUGGUCCGUGUGGUCUAAAAGUUUUGGUUCGGUGGGUUUAGUAUUACAUUGAUAGUUCAGAUAGGUUGGUGGUAGCUUAUUUCGUGUUUUAAAUGUAGCAUCUUCGGCUUAACUUUUUUACAAAUUAAAUUGUAAGAGAGUUGUUAUAACUUUUUUUACAAAU